UCUAGGGUUAAUAAAUAGAGAUUUAUACUUUUUAUGAUCUAUACUGUCUAUAGUCAUCAAGAAUCAGUCAAAAUGUCGGAAUCUAGUAGUAGCUUACGAGAAAAAGGGAAUGAGCUGUUCAAGCUCGGCAACUAUGAAGAAGCCUUAACCUAUUAUUCCAGGGCUCUAGACUCUGGGCCUUUAAAGGAUUCAGAGAAAGCUGUAAUUUACAAAAACAGAGCAGCUUGCUGCCUGAAAAUGAAUAAACUUGAGCAAGCUGCAGAGGAUGCUACGCAAUCACUGGAUCUGUCACCUAAUGACCCUAAGGCUCUAUUUCGGCGGUGCCAAGCGUACGAACAGUUAGGGAGAGCUGAAGAUGCCUUCAAGGAUGCUGUACUUCUCUUGAAAGUUGACCCCCAGAACAAAGCAGCUCUUCCAUUGUUCAACAAAUUAAACACAGUGGUACAAGAAAAGGCCAAGCAACAGAACAGUACCAGCAAUAAAGUCAGUCAGAUGUUUAACAUUGCCUUUGACUCCACUGGUGACCACCAAAAAAGGCUGCAGGGCCUGAAUAACUUAAUAGUGCUGUCAAGGGAAGACGCAGGGGCAUCACUCAUACUAAAACAUGGAGGACUGAGCAAACUAAAGCAACUUCUGAAUGAAAAAGAUACAGAGAUUCAACAGUCAGCGGUUAGAGUUCUAGCAACAUUGGCCAAAGGAAGCAAAUCAAGGUGCAAAGAAAUUAUACAGGAGAUCGAAGUUGCUCUGCUGAUCCAGUUGCUCUCCCAAGCCUCCAGUGAGGACAAGGCGUCCCCUGUGGCUCUUUUGUUACAGAAUCUGAUGACUUACUACACAGGGCUAGAUGAGCACCUUGACACAUUGAAGAAGUAUGAGGAGGCCAAGAAAAAAGGAGAAAGAAUGCCGUUUCCCCGCAUCAAACUUGAUGAAGAAUCUAAUGCCUUUUUAGAUUCAGUUUUCAAAUGUUUGGUCAAAAUGCUAGUCAGCAAUAAGGUCACUGCAUAUGGUCGAGACUCAGCCAUGGAGAUCAUCACCAAAAAUGUGACUUCUAAAAAUGGAUUUGAUUGGACAAAACCUUUUUUGGAUACCGAAGGGGUUGAAAACCUUUUGACUGUUGCUGGGGUUCAGAAGGAGUUCAAAACUUUACAGGUCACAUCUCAGUCAUCCAUGCAUGCAUCUCUGGCACUGUCCACAAUCUACGACGAUCUCAUCAACGACAAACUCAGAGAAAAGUUUAAAGAAAAAUGUCAUGAAUUCUUUAGAGAUUUAUUUUCUGAUGGAAUUUUUGAAUCUAAAAUUGAAGCCGUGGCUGCUCUUUCCACUUUACUUCAGGGUCCUUAUGAAGUUGGUGGCAUGUUGCUGAGUUUGGAAGGUGUCACUGAACUGAUGUUUACAUUGGCCAGUAGUGACAAUGUGCAGUAUCAGAGAGUGGCAGUGGAGGCCAUCGUCAGCUCAGCCUCCAAGAAGGACAAGUGCAGCGGCAUCCUGAAAGACGCUGUACCAAUUCUUAAAAAGUUAUAUCAGUCAUCCGAGGAUCACAUUAAAGUUAGAGCCUUGGUGGGACUGUGCAAACUUGGAAGUUUUAUGGGCACAGAUGCCAGUGUGCAGCCAAUGGCAGAGGGAUCAACAGGAAAACUAGCCAAAAUAUGCAGAAAAUUUUUAAUUAAUCCAGCAAAGGACAUUGAUCUCCGCAAGUGGGCGACAGAAGGCUUGGCAUAUCUGACACUUGAUGCUGACAUUAAAGAAGACUUAGUUAAUGACACUGAUGCCCUGAAAUCCAUUUUCGAAUUGGCAAAGAGCAAAGAAAGAAACACAACAUACGCAUGUGUCACUGUACUAGUCAACUGCACCAACAGCUAUGACAAACAGGAUAUUAUGCCAGAGUUACUGGAACUGGCUAAAUUUGCCAAACAGCAUGUGCCAGAGGAACAUGCCAAGGACAAAUCAGAGUUUGUGACAAGCAGAAUUCAUAAACUGGCCCAAGCUGGAGUUAUCAAUGCCCUGGUAUCACUGUGUGACACAGAGAGCAAGAACAGUAGAGAACUCAUUUCCAGAGUGUUUUUGUCUUUGACGACAGAAGAAAGCCUGAGAGGAUUGGUUGUCCAGCAAGGAGGAGUCAAGGCUCUACUAAGUCUGAUGAACAACAAUACAGACAACGGGGUCAUCCUUGCUUCACAUGCACUGGCCAAAAUUUCUGUGACCUCUGACCCACAUUUUGCUUUCCCUGGACAGAGAAUUUAUGAAGUUGUUCGUCCAUUACUCUCUCUUCUACACUCGGAUAGAACAGGCCUACAAAACUUUGAGGCUCUGAUGUCUCUGACCAACUUGGCUUCUGUCAGUGACUCUGUCAGAAACCGAAUCCUGACAGAGAAGGGCUUGCCAUCUAUAGAACAUUAUAUGUUUGAAGAGCAUCAGAUGUUACGUCGGGCUGCCACUGAAUGUAUGUGUAACAUGGUUAUGAGUGAAAAGGUUCAGGAUAUAUUUGAUGGAGAGAAUGACAGGGUUAAAAUGAUGGUUCUGUUUUCUGGUGAGGAAGACCCAGCGCUGGUGCGCGCAGCAACUGGUGCCUUGGCUGUAUUGUCAGAGAGACCUUCCAUCUGUAAAAAAAUUGUUCAGGUCCCAGCAUGGCUGGACAUCUUCCAAGUCCAUGCUGUGAGUGAGAUGCCAGACAUCCAGCACAGGGUCCUUCACUGCCUCCUCAACAUUAUGUCAGCAGACAAAGAGUUGGCCAGCAUUGUUGUCCAGAGCCCCAUGCUGGAGAUUCUUAUGGCCGUGGCCAAACAGAAAGAUCCCAAGGCAGAGAAAGCAACCGAAGCUGCAAAAGAGGCCCUUCAGAAAGCCGUGGAGUACGGGCUCAUCAAAGAGAAUGACAAAGGAAAUGUUCCUGAUGAGUUUUUGGAAAUCUUGCGGGCUCAGUUGGCCAAGGCCAGGGCAGAAGAGGAGAAGAGGAUCAAAGAGGAGGAGGAAGAGGAAGAAAAAAGGAAGAAGCUUGAAGAGGAAGAGAAGCGUAGAGAGUUGGAAAAGUUGAAGGAAAUUGAUGAAAAAGAGGAAGAGGUAGAGGAAAUCAUUAUAGAUAAACAGCCCGAGGAGGAGGAAGCAUCUGGGCCCAAGAUUCGGGAGCUGACCGACGAAGAGGUGGCCCAGCUAGAGGCAGAGGAGAAAGAGAAAGAAGAAAAGAGGAAAAGGGAUCAAAAAGACGAGAGCGACAAUGAAAUCGACAAUGAGGAUUUGGAAGAUGGAGAUGUGUGGAGGGAUGACAGUGGGUUAAGGAGAGAGUGAGACAUGACAAAUAUCAUUUCGACAAGAUCAAAAUCCAACUCCAAGUUUUUUCUUCUGCUUCAGUUAUUACAGUAAACAUAAGUGAUACAAGUCAUCAAAGAUUAUUUAAUGGCCUACAUAUAUAUAUAUAUAUAUAUAUAUAUAUAU